GUAAUAUUUUAUGAUUUGGUAAAUAUUUUAACAGUAUUUCAGCUACUGUGGAAGCAGUGGAGCCCAUUGCAACUUUAAUUUGUGGUUGUCAUUCAUUGUGAAUCUUCAUGGAAUUUUACGAAGAGAUUUCUGGCCAGAAUUUGAUGUGAUGAGAACAUUCAUAGCUUCUUGCUUCAGAUUUCCUUGGAAACACGGUUUUUGUCUAACACUGUAGUUGACGAAGGUCUUGCCAUCGUGGAAGACAUUUCUGUUGCUUGGGACUUACAGAUAACAAGGGGAAUUAACAGACCUGAAGCAUGAGUUCAGAUGCCAGCCAAGACGUGGUCACUACUCCUCCUCCUCCCACUAUGCCUCACAAAGAGAGGUAUUUUGACCGUAUCAAUGAAAGUGACCCAGAAUACAUUAGGGAGAGGAACAUGUCUCCUGAUCUACGGCAAGACUUCAAUAUGAUGGAGCAGAGGAAACGAGUUACUCAGAUCCUGCAAAGUCCUGCCUUUCGGGAAGACCUGGAAUGCCUUAUUCAAGAACAGAUGAAGAAAGGUCACAACCCAGCUGGAUUACUAGCAUUACAGCAGAUUGCAGAUUACAUCAUGGCCAAUUCCUUCUCGGGCUUUACUUCAUCUCCCCUCAGUCUUGGCAUGGUCACACCUAUCAAUGAUCUUCCUGGUGCAGAUGCAUCCUCAUAUGUGAAGGGGGAAAAGCUUACUCGUUGUAAGCUUGCGAGCCUCUACAGACUUGCAGACUUGUUCGGAUGGGCACAUCUGGCAAAUACAUAUAUCUCAGUGAGAAUAAGUAAAGAGCAAGACCAUAUUAUAAUACUUCCCAGAGGCCUAUCUUUUUCUGAAGCCACAGCCUCCAACUUGGUUAAAGUAAAUAUAAUAGGAGAAGUGGUUGACCAGGGAAGUACUAAUUUGAAAAUUGACCAUACAGGAUUCAGUCCCCAUGCUGCAAUCUAUUCCACACGUCCUGAUGUUAAGUGUGUGAUACACAUCCAUACCCAUGCAACAGCAGCUGUAUCCUCCAUGAAGUGUGGGAUCCUUCCAAUUUCUCAAGAGUCCCUGAUCCUGGGAGAUGUCGCUUAUUAUGACUACCAAGGGUCACUUGAUGAACAGGAGGAAAGAAUUCAACUGCAGAAAGUUCUGGGGCCAAGUUGUAAGGUGCUGGUACUCAGGAAUCAUGGUGUGGUAGCACUUGGAGAAACAGUUGAGGAGGCUUUUCAUUAUAUUUUUAAUGUGCAAAUAGCCUGUGAGAUUCAGGUGCGUGCGUUAGCAGGGGCAGGGGGAGUAGACAAUCUGCUUGUGCUGGAUCUUCAAAAGUAUAAAGCGUUCACUCACAUAGUAGCAGCGUCUGGAGGAGGAGGUGUGAAUAUGGGUUCUCAUCAAAAAUGGAAGGUCGGCGAGGUCGAGUUUGAAGGGCUGAUGAGGACUUUGGACAAUUUGGGAUAUAGAACAGGCUACGCCUACAGGCAUCCUCUCAUUCGAGAGAAGCCUAGGCACAAGAGCGAUGUGGAAAUCCCAGCAACUGUGACUGCCUUUUCUUUUGAAGACGAUACAGUGCCACUCUCUCCUCUCAAAUACAUGGCACAGAGACAGCAGCGUGAAAAGACAAGAUGGCUGAACUCACCAAAUACAUACAUGAAAGUGAAUGUGCCUGAGGAGUCUCGGAAUGGGGAAACCAGCCCCAGGACCAAAAUCACAUGGAUGAAAGCAGAGGACUCUUCUAGAGUGAGUAGCGGCACACCUAUCAAAAUCGAAGAUCCAAAUCAGUUUGUUCCUUUAAACACAAACCCAAACGAGGUACUAGAAAAGAGAAAUAAGAUUCGGGAGCAAAACCGGUAUGACUUGAAAACAGCAGGACCACAGUCUCAGUUGCUUGCUGGCAUUGUUGUGGAUAAGCCUCCUUCUACCAUGCAGUUUGAAGAUGAUGAUCAUGCCCCGCCAGCCCCUCCCAACCCCUUCAGCCAUCUCACAGAAGGAGAGCUUGAAGAGUAUAAGAAGACAAUCGAGCGUAAACAACAAGGCCUGGAAGAUACUGAGGAGGAAGUAUUCUCAGAUGACGCUUCAUCUGUUUCACAAAUUCAUUCUCAAACUCAGUCACCGCAAAAUGUCCCUGAAAAAUUAGAAGAAAACCAUGAGCUGUUUUCCAAGAGCUUCAUCUCCGUGGAAGUGCCGGUCAUGGUAGUGAAUGGCCAGGAUGGUAUGCAUGAUGUUGAAAAUGAGCUUGCAAAGCGAGUGAGUAGGUUAACUACAAGCACGACCAUAGAAAACAUCGAGAUUACCAUUAAGUCUCCGGAAAAAAUUGAAGAAGUCCUGUCACCUGAAGGCUCACCUUCAAAGUCACCGUCUAAGAAAAAGAAGAAAUUCCGCACUCCCUCUUUUCUGAAAAAGAACAAAAAAAAGGAGAAAGUUGAAGCCUAAGUAAAGUUUUUUUUUCUAAUUAUUAUUAUUACCAUGUGACGUUGCACAUUUAAAUACCACAUUUAAGGUGAUUGUUAAAAUGCAGUGGUAGAUCAGAUGAGGGGGAAUAUAGCAAACUGGACUUUAAGAACUGGAAAGAGGUUUUACUAAAAGAAAAACAUUAUGAAAAAACUUUCAAAUUCAUCUCUCAUUUUAUGUAUCCAGAAAUGGCUUUGAAUUUUUUAAAAAUUGCUGUUUUAAUUAGUUUUGCCCUCACGAGGUGUUGUUAUAGUUUACCAGAAACAGGUAUCUGUCUGAAUUACUUUCGGCCUUCUCCAUAAUAUCUGUUGGAAACAAAUUACCAGUGAGCAAGCGAGAGAAUUUUGAUUUCUCAGCAACUGCUUCACUUGGUAAUCAGAUUAUAACUUUUUUUAUAUCAUGAUUUUUGACUGUACCUUGUGGGUCCCCAUUGUUGUAAUGGGUAUUAACAGAAUGCUUUAAGAGCUUCUAAGACAAGAAUCUAUAGCAUUAGUAUACACUGGCACAUAAUAUUUUUUUAAAAAAGUAAGAAAAGAUUCAUUUGGAAUUUUACUCAUUGUAUAAAAUUUCUCGCCUGAAGUAACUUUGCCAAAAAAAAAAAAAAAAAGGUCAUUUUAGUAAACUAUAAUUUUUGAAAACUUCCUUUUUUAUUAGUUUAGAAAGCCCCUUAUUUUUCAACAAAGGGGAUUUUGUACACAUAACAUGAGUUAUUUAGUUUAACUCCAGCAAAAACAAUUUUUGUAUGUUGAGAUGUUUGUAUACCACUCAGUAUAAAAGCGUCAUAAGCAUAUUAGCCAAUCAUUAAAUAGUAGAGCAUAUUCAAGGCACUGAGCAUAUGUAAGUGUAGUUUAAGAAUCCAGGGAAUUGCUAUCAAAAGGGGAUUAGAGCUCAUAAAAAGUAUAACUGGAUCCAUAUCUGAAUCUUACAAUGUAUUUUUCUCUUAGUAUUGCUAAUGCAUGGAGAAAAUCUCAUAAGGUAACCAGAUGCAAGGGAAAAAAUGAGAGGGGAAGUGAGAAUUUUAAGGGAACAAAAGAUGGGACAUGAACAGAAGGGUUCUAGUUUGAUGAUGACUCGUAUUCACUAUGGGAUUUGAAGUGUGAUUUGUUGGAAACAUGUCCUACAUUUCUAAAAUUCUGCUUCUUUGCCAAAAUCAGUGUAUUUCUUGGUUCAUAGUUGAGUUUUAAAAGGGUCACAUCCUUCUAAUGUGUAUAUCUUUAGAGGGCAGCACUAGAAGAAAUCAGUGGGUCCAAUCCCACCACUGAGAAAACUACCGCUUUUUGAUUUUUACAAAUCUUUUUAUCUUUUCAGUUAACUUUUUCUAAUGUAAAUAUAGAUUUAACCUAGGCUUAACAUAGUCCCUCCCCUCCUUUCUCCCAAGUGAUGUCACAGAUCAGUGUAAAAUCAGUGAUCCAAAGUGGCUAGUGGGUAAAAAUAAUUCAAAAUGUUUCAAGAGGGUAAGCUGGCUUGCAAAAAAACCUGACAUUGAUUACAGUGUGUUCUGGGGCUGUGUGAGUAUGAUAAUGAAUGCCAAGUUGAAACGGAACCUGGAAAUGUCCUUCUAGAUCUGACUACUGGAAUCAGUGUUUUAAUCUCUUAGAGGAAACUUUCAGUUGCUUAACUCUGUUAUUUUUUUAUGUUCUACAUCAUUUAUGUUGUAUUACAACGUAUGUAGAAGCAGUAACCUGUGAACUAUGCUUUUCCAUAACUUUUUAAAAUAUAUAUAUAUCUAAAUGAAUGCAAUGUGCAUAAAUAUUUUUUAAACGCAACAGUGAACUAUUUGCACCUUUUGCUAAUGCCUCUAUUUACUUGCUUUGGCAUAAAGAAUGAGCCAAUGAACCUCUGUGUCCUGUGGAAAAAUGUCUAAAUGUUAUCUGAUAUUGCUCUUAGAUGUAAUGCUAAUUAAUGUUAAAUCACAAAUAAACAGUAUUUUAAAUAGA